AAGCAAAAUAGGAAAAAGAAGAACGAUAAAGAAGAAACCAUCGCUGUUUUUUGGAUAAAUCCGCAGUGCGUUUGUGUUAAAAUUUGGAAAGUAAUUAACAUACAUUUCAGGGACAAUCAGCUGCUUGGUGUGGAUAAAGGAAAAAGGAUUUUUUUGUCGCAGAAAUCGCUUACACAAUUUGGUGCGUGCUCAUGUGAUCUGCCAAGGUUCUUUGGAGCAAAGCAAACGAUGAUGAUAUCGAGACUAUCAAGACGACGGUCGUGUAACUGAUGUAAUUAUUGAUUUUCCAAGCACCACUCUGGUUUUGGAGUUUCGUCAGCCACGCUUGUACGGCUUAGGGACACGUGUGGCCAUCACGUUUUAAAGCGAUUCUGCGAUACACGCUAGUCACGCAAUAUUCGCUAAAUCCAUACGGAUUGAGAGAAAACUGUAAAUCCACAGUACAAUCAUGGAAGUCAACAAGGACGAAGCGCAGCGCUGCGUGGACCUUGCAUUGAAAGCGUUCAAGGCAGGAGACACGGUAAAGGCGGAGAAGCUGUUGAAAAAGUCCAAAACCCUGUAUCCACUCGAGAGGGCUGAUGUGUUGCUGAAGCUGAUAAAAAACGCUGGUACGGGUGCAGCAGGAUCUGGCACAGGAGCGGGUAGUGCAUCUUCGGCCCGUCGGAAACCAGUAAACCGAGAAGGCGAGAAAGUAGCGGAACCGAAGCUGAACGUUGACUAUACCCAGGAGCAGGCGGAUGUUGUGAAGCGGGUGCAGAAGUGCAAAGACUUUUACGAGGUGCUGGGAGUCACUCAGGACACCCCGGACACGGAGAUUAAGAAGUGCUACAAGAAGCUUGCGCUGCAGCUACAUCCCGAUAAGAACAAGGCUCCGGGUGCAAUGGAAGCAUUCAAGGCCCUUGGCAACGCCGUCGAAACGCUGACCGAUCCUCAGAAGCGUAAGGCAUACGAUUUGUACCGUACAACGGAUAAUGGUACAUCUUCAUCGUUCGGAUCAUCUCCUAGAAGCUCACGAGGUGGCUUUGGUCCGAACGGGUUCACAUACAGGUCCGAUUUCGAAUCAGAUAUCAACCCGAACGAUCUGUUUAACAUGUUUUUUGGCAGCGGAUUCGCACAGCAGCAACAACAACAGCAUCACUAUUAUCGUGCGCGUGCUAACCGUCCUUCACACCACGGUGAAGGAUCCGGUAGCCAGCCGAGUCUAGUAUUUGGUUUGAUCCUGUGCUUUAUCGUCGUUUCGUUACUGUCCACGUUCUUCGCAAGCGAUCCCCUGUACAGUCUGCAGCAGACCACCAAGUAUUCGGUCGAGCGGCAUACGCUCAACCACAAGAUACCGUACUACGUGAAAAGCAACUUUCUCAAUGACUAUCAGGGAUCCCUUGGACGGCUCGAGUAUUCGGUCGAGGAGGAAUACCUAACGUACAUGAAACGGGCUUGCAGCAACGAGCGGGCAUACCGAGACGCAAUGAUCGGGCGAGCGAAAAGCUUCGGCAGCAGGGCGCAAUUCCAGCAAGCGCAGCAAAUGAAGAUGCCAUCCUGUGACACGUUGUAUCGGUUAGGCAUUGGGCAUGUACAAUAUUAGGAAGGUGGAUGCAAUGCUCUUCAAUGUCACGUUCCUCUGUUUUUACUAUUUUUCUAGCAAAAACACUCAUUUUGUUUUCAGCGCUUUCGGCAGAAACGUUUGUUCUCGGUUGAAUGGGUUACGCUAAAGUAGAAAUAAACAUAUUUAAGAA